GCGGCUGAGGCUGCAGGGGAGGAGGGGGGCUUGUUUUGCUCUCUUCCAGUUAUGGGAAGUACAGUAUGAACUGAGGACCUAGUAGAGAAGAAGACGAAGCGGCGUUAUUAGGUAAUAGCCCCCGGAGCCCAAAUUGACGCCACUUCAUAAAGAGACGAAGCGAGCAGCGGCGUCUGAUAAUCUGCACGCUAGUCCGAGGAAGCGGAGGACACCCGCCUAAAGAGGGGGCCUAAACCGUCGGAGUGACAGGGACCCCCCGAAGUCUGGAACGCCCCAGCAAUGUCUCAUGAUAUAGCGUGUGAGACCCCCAAAGUGCACGACAGCCCGCAGCACACAGUCUAUGUCCUGGUGGGAUCCAGCGCUGACAGCAUCCAGCUGCUCAGUCUGAGCCCCAUAUUGCCCGAAUCCGGCAUCGUCGCCGACAUUGACAUAGAGACCGCCAUAGAGCCGAGCGAGGAACAAUUUUACCAGCUGAAGAGCCAGCCGAUCCCUUCGAGUCAGACCCCAUCGCAGUCCCCUCAGUCCUCUUUUCAGACCCCGAGCACAAUGUCUUCGCGGAUCCUGCUCCGGCAGCAGCUGAUGAGGGCCCAGGCCCAGGAGCAGGAGAGACGAGAGCAAGAGCAGAAUGCUGCCCAGAUCGCCACGCCAUCCACACCGGCCAUCAGCGUUAGUAAUGGUGGCCGACCCACCGCUGCACAGGUGCCCUUGGAGGUCUUAAAGGUUCAGACCCAUUUAGAAAAUCCGACAAAGUAUCACAUCCAGCAGUCUCAGAGACAGCAGGUCAAGCAGUACCUGUCCUCUACCACCAUGGGGGCCAAGAUGCCCUUACACACCUCUGCCCCAACUACCACUACAAUUAACCCUGCCUCUGCCAGAGCAUCACCGCAGCCCGAACAGACCUUGCUCCCUACGGCCAGCAGCGCUCCUAACAGCCCCCUGGCAAUGCUGAAUAUUGGCUCCAAUUCUGAAAAGGAGAUUGAUGAUGUCAUCGAUGAGAUCAUAAGCCUGGAGUCCAGCCUCAAUGACGAAUUCAUGGGAUUCGUGGAAAGAGGGAAUCUACCCAGCACACUUCCUGUGUCCGGUAACCUCUUGGACAUGUAUUGUGCUCCUGGAAUGACCGCUCCGGCCAUCACUGUGAGUAACUCCUGCCCGGCCGACCUGCCCAACAUUAAGAAUGAAUACUUAGAGCACGACACGAAACAAAUGAUGAAGGAGCGGCAGAAAAAGGACAAUCACAAUUUAAUUGAACGUCGUCGAAGAUUCAACAUCAAUGAUAGAAUCAAAGAACUGGGGACCCUCAUCCCAAAAUCCAGUGACCCGGAGCUGCGCUGGAACAAAGGCACCAUCUUGAAGGCCUCGGUAGAGUACAUCCGGAAGCUGCAGAAAGACCAGCAGCGCGUGCGCGAGCUGGAGGGCAGGCAGCGUAAGCUGGAGCACCUGAACCAGGGCCUGCUGCUGCGUAUACAGGAGCUGGAAAUGCAGGCUCAGAUACAUGGCAUUAGAAGCUUUCCGCCAUCCACUAUGUCAGCAGAUGUCGUUCCCAAGGUAGAACCAAUCUCCGAAAUGGUGCCCAGAUUUGACGCCCAGACCACGCAGCCCCUGGACCCCUCCACCCUGGAUCUGGGCACGCUCCACUUCUCAGACCAGCUGAAUGACUUAGUUCACGAGGGCCUGAACUAUCAUCUGAGCCUGACUGGGGACUCGGCCUUUGCAGACAUUCUCAUGGAUGACGUGAUCUCUCCACUCGGGGGGGAUCCUCUUCUCUCUUCUGUCUCUCCCGGAGCGUCUAAGACCAGCAGCCGCCACAGCAGCUUUAGCAUGGAGGACGACUCUUGAUCCGUGCGCAGAAGCUUUGACUUUAACAAAUUGGACUCUCUUAGUAUUUCUCACACCAGGAAAUCCCAGACCUCCUCCUCCAUUCCACCAGGCGUAUUCUUCCUCAAAAAAAUAUAUAAAAAUCACUCCAGGAACCGAACUGAGCACCUGAUAUCACCCUGACGGGGGCGAUACUGGGAAGAGGACCGGACACGGGCAAGCGGAGAGACUUGGUAGAGGAGAAGGUCAUUCUUAAACCUUUCGGGAGCAUGGUGGGUGAUGGAUCUAAAUCAUGGAGGCUGGUCAUGUGAUGGGCAUGGAGAGAUGGUCGUAUGACGUCAUAGAAUACGUGGCACAGUACAAUAGGUGGUGCCUGGCAGUGGGCAGAAGAAUGACAUACAGGGUGGUCUGAUGAUGAACGUUCAGCGUGGGUGCACAACAUGGCAUGAGAUGGUGCUUGAGAUGAUAGAAUGUCAAAGGGGAUUAUAUAGCAGAUGCCAUCCUCAAACAUGGACAUGACGGCGCCUGGUAAUAAUCAGUGAUACGACCCGCAAUGCAGUGGAAACCCCUUGUUCCUUUGGGGUGCCCCAUAUAUACAGUGCAUAGAAACUACCCCCGUAUAGAGCGUCGCUGCUUGCCUGGCAGUCUGGGUCCGUACCAAGUCGUCACCUUAGACAAAAGCACUAAUAUAGAUAAAAAGUCGAAUUUGGGUAUAAUUUGGCAGUAUGGGUGUAUUGUGGUUGCCGCCUAGAUGGUCAUUGUGCGGCUCCAGCCUUCAGACCAUUGACCCUGACAACUCUGUGAUCUUAGGCCGGCCAUAGACAUGAGAUAUUUGUUGUCACCUGGGCCACAGACAGUGAACAUUGGCCUGAUCUCACGUCUACGGUUAGAUUGGUUCACACUCCAUUACGCCGUUAUAAAAGGGGGCGUCACACGGAGGACGAGCACAUUAUAGGGCGUGUGAUGAGAGCAGCACUUAUGUGUGUCGAGUGUUGGUGUGUGUGUGUGUCAGUGAGAGAGCGUGUGACAGGAGUGAGCGAGCGUCAGAGAAGUGAGCAUGCUUCAGAGGAGUGAGCGUGCGACAGGAAUGCGUGUGUGACAGAGGAGUGAGCGUGCGACAGGAAUGCGUGUGUGACAGAGGAGUGAGCGUGCAACAGGAGUGAGCAUUACAGGAGUGAGCGUGCAACAGGAGUGAGCGAGCUUCAGAGAAGUGUGCGAAAGGGGUGAGUGUGUGACAGAGGAGUGAGCAUGCAUUACAGGAGUAAGAGUGCUUCAGAGGAGUGAGUGUGUGACAGAGGAGUGAGCAUGCAACAGGAGUGAGCUUGUGACAGAGGAGUGAGCGUGCAUUACAGGAGUGAGCGUGCUUCAGAGGAGUGAGUGUGCGACAGGAGUGAGCAUGUGACAGAGGAGUGAGCAUGCAUUACAGGAAUGAGCAUGCAACAGGAGUGAGCGUGCUUCAGAGAAGUAAGCGUGCCACAGAAGAGUGAGCGUGCCACAAAAGAGUGAGCGUGCAUCACAGGAGUCAGUGUGCCUCAUAGGAGUGAGCGUCCAUCACAGAAGGAGUGAGCGUGCUUCAGAGGAGUGACCGUGCAAAAGGAGCGAGCGUGCAUCAGAGGAGUGAGCGAGCAUUACAGGAUUGAGGAGUGAGCAUAUGUCACAGGAGUGAGCGUGUGACAGAGGACUGAGUGUGUGACAGGAGUGUGCGUGUGACAGAGGACUGAGUGUGUGACAGGAGUGUGCGUGUGACAGAGGAGUGAGUGUGUGACAGGAGUGUGCGUGUGACAGAGGAGUGAGCGUGUGACAGGAGUGUGCGUGUGACAGAGGACUGAGUGUGUGGCAGGAGUGUGCGUGUGACAGAGGAGUGAGUGUGUGACAGGAGUGAGUGUGUGUGUGACAGAGGAGUGUGCGUGUGACAGAGGAGUGAGCGUGUGACAGAGGAGUGAGUGUGUGACAGGAGUGUGCGUGUGACAGAGGAGUGAGCGUGUGACAGGAGUGUGCGUGUGACAGAGGACUGAGUGUGUGACAGGAGUGUGCGUGUGACAGAGGACUGAGUGUGUGACAGGAGUGUGCGUGUGACAGAGGAGUGUGCGUGUGACAGAGGAGUGAGCGUGUGACAGGAGUGUGCGUGUGACAGAGGAGUGAGCGUGUGACAGGAGUGUGCGUGUGACAGGAGUGUGCGUGUGACAGAGGAGUGUGCGUGUGACAGGAGUGUGCGUGUGACAGGAGUUUGCGUGUGACAGAGGACUGAGCGUGUGACAGAGGAGUGAGCGUGUGACAGAGGAGUGAGUGUGUGACAGGAGUGUGCGUGUGACAGAGGAGUGAGCGUGUGACAGGAGUGUGCGUGUGACAGAGGACUGAGUGUGUGACAGGAGUGUGCGUGUGACAGAGGACUGAGUGUGUGACAGAGGAGUGUGCGUGUGACAGAGGAGUGUGCGUGUGACAGAGGAGUGUGCGUGUGACAGAGGAGUGUGCGUGUGACAGAGAAGUGUGCGUGUGACAGAGGAGUGUGCGUGUGACAGGAGUGUGCGUGUGACAGGAGUUUGCGUGUGACAGAGGACUGAGCGUGUGACAGAGGAGUGAGCGUGUGACAGAGGAGUGAGUGUGUGACAGGAGUGUGCGUGUGACAGAGGAGUGAGCGUGUGACAGGAGUGUGCGUGUGACAGAGGACUGAGUGUGUGACAGGAGUGUGCGUGUGACAGAGGACUGAGUGUGUGACAGGAGUGUGCGUGUGACAGAGGACUGAGUGUGUGACAGAGGAGUGUGCGUGUGACAGAGGAGUGUGUGUGUGACAGAGGAGUGUGCGUGUGACAGAGGAGUGUGCGUGUGACAGAGGAGUGUGUGUGUGACAGAGGAGUGUGCGUGUGACAGAGGAGUGUGCUUGUGACAGAGAAGUGUGCGUGUGACAGGAGUGUGCGUGUGACAGGAGUGUGCGUGUGACAGGAGUGUGCGUGUGACAGGAGUGAGCGUGUGACAGGACUGAGUGUGUGACAGGAGUGAGCGUGUGACAGGAGUGAGUGUGUGACAGAGGAGUGUGCGUGUGACAGAGGAGUGUGUGUGUGACAGAGGAGUGUGCGUGUGACAGGAGUGUGCGUGUGACAGGAGUGUGCGUGUGACAGGAGUGUGCGUGUGACAGAGGAGUGUGUGUGUGACAGGAGUGUGCGUGUGACAGGAGUGUGCGUGUGACAGGAGUGUGCGUGUGACAGGACUGAGUGUGUGACAGGACUGAGUGUGUGACAGGACUGAGUGUGUGACAGGAGUGAGCGUGUGACAGGAGUGAGUGUGUGACAGGACUGAGUGUGUGACAGGAGUGAGCGUGUUGGCGGGUGUCUUUGGGGUGCAGACAGUGGACAGUGGGGAUUGUGCGGGUGCAGGUUUCACCCGUUUCCUCGCUGAGAAUGUGUUUCUAGAGAAUUCUGUUCUGUCUUUUAUAUACUACAAGCUGAUAAAUGUUACUGUAUUACUUUAAAUAAAACCUUUUACACACUA